GGCACGGUCCGAGACAUUGCAGUUCUUGGCGCGGCGGCCGACGACCUCCUCCACGUGCUCGGGCGUAUUCAGAUUGAGUUCGACGCGCCGCUGUGGGCAACGUACGCUGCGCUCGAGAGCAAAAUCUGGCGCAAAUUGCGCGGGGAUACGUACCCGUGGGUCUCUCAAUUCCUAGACGAAGAGAUGACGCAAAGCAUCGAUCCCAAGAUGGUCUACAGGCGGUCGCCGAUGGAUGCAGACGAAAGCAACUACUACGUGAGCCGCGAGUUUGCCUCGGAGGACCGUAUUGUCUUUUUGACGGGCAAUUUCAACCAGGACGCGCUCCAGCCCGUCAACGAAAUGUGGCGACCCCGCAUGUUUCUUCUGGAACGGGUGGGGCCGUCUAAAACCCGGCUACGCUGGGUCUCGUGCACGGGCCCCAGGAUCGACCGCGGUGUUCCGAUGACGUGGCGCGAGGACAUGGCGUCGUUGGACUUGGACGUAUCCGAUCUCUCGGACGACGCGCAGUUUACACAGUAUCAGCACGUCCUCGAGCGCAGUUGGAUGCCGCUUCUCGUUAGCGACUUCGCCUUUUUGGCGAAUAACGCCGACGCGACGGACGCGGCGCCGCUGAUAACUUGA